GCGUGGGCCGCUUGCCUCCACAAGUUUAUAUUAUUUUGACUUACGUGUUUGAUUUCGCGUAGAGUUUUGGACGGCGGUAAAGAUGCGGCACCUAGUGUACGACAAAUUGUGACUUUGGACUAUACAACAACAAAAAAAACAAUAAAAAAAUGCAAAAACACCGUGGUAUUUCGUCAAAUAAAAUAAAUUCCGUUCGGCAAAAUUUUCUUUAAAACCGCAACUAAACGCAGUUCAAAAUAGCAUUAUUCUAUUCAGUUUUAUACACAUCAUAUGAUUUUAAUUAUUUUUUCAUUGUUAUAAUUUCGUCACAAACUAAACCAGUUGUUUAAUUAUAUGUUCUCGUUGAUUUGUUUUGAUUGAAACCAUAACCAACUCUAGAGGCGUACAAACACUGACGGACUUGGGACAUUAAAAUUUAAGAGGAAUAAAGAAGAGAAGUAAGGAUGGCGCUUGCAUCUUCUGUCAGCCUUUACUACUCGAUAGUGCAGCGCGCGGCGAGGCACUAUCUAGAAGAUUAUUGUCACACAGAUACGACAGCACCCUACGUGCUAUAUAAAGAUGGCGUGGAGCGCGCGCCACCAGGCACGCAAUGGGGCGGCGGCGUACUCGACGGCGGCUAUCAGACCAUGCAGCACCAGAGCCCCGGAGGGCCAUCGCCGCAACCCGAGCCACAGCUCGCCUCGCCCGCACCGUCACCCUACCCGCCGGCGCCGCCUCCCCCUGACCCAACGGCCGCCGCCGAGGACGCCGCGCAACAGCUCGCACAACAGCAGGCGCAACAACAGGCCCAGCAACAGGCGCAGCAACAACAGACCUCGCCCGACCAUAUGCAGGUCGACCAGCAGCUCCAGAACCAGGCUCAGGCCCAGAACCAAGACCACCUAGACCGUGGGCCAUGCUUCGUGCAGCCUGACCUGCAGCAGCAAUACACGCCGUACUUUAAGGAAGCUAGACCGACCAGCCACAUGCUGGGCACCGGCGGUUUUCCGCUACACUAUCUCAAGCAAAAUGGAGGCGUAUUGUCUUUAGAAGGCCCCCUUGACCAGUACGGUGCGCCUGAGCUACGCCAUCUACCGGACAUCGUCCAGCCAGAGCAACCGAAGCCGAGGAAACAUAAUCCCAACUCGGAACUUCGCCUGUUCAAAUGCCUGACAUGCGGCAAGGACUUCAAGCAGAAGUCGACGCUUCUGCAGCACGAGCGCAUCCACACGGACUCGCGGCCGUACGGGUGUCCUGAGUGCGGCAAGCGGUUCCGCCAGCAGUCGCACCUCACGCAGCACCUUCGCAUCCACGCGAACGAGAAGCCGUACGCGUGCGUGUACUGCCCGCGCUCCUUCCGGCAGCGCGCCAUCCUCAACCAGCACCUGCGCAUCCAUUCCGGUGAGAAGCCAUAUACGUGCGGCGAGUGCGGCAAACAUUUCCGCCAGAAGGCCAUCCUGAACCAGCACGUCCGCACACACCAAGACGUCUCUCCGCACCUUAUAUUCAAGAACGGAACGACACCGACUCUGUGGCCGCAGGACGUUCCCUAUCCACCGGAUGAGAAUAAGGAAGAGAUCCAGUCGACUUUCGGCGACGCGGACGGCCAGAAUGGGGAGCAACGCGGAUCGUGCUUCUCGCCAGGCGACACGGCGCAAUAUCCGGCAUAUUUCAAAGAUACCAAAGGCCUCAAUCACGCUGUAUUCGGCUCGGGUCUGUCGUUGCAAUACCUGAAGGGGGGUAAGUUGCCUGAUGUUUUAGGAGGUCGUGCGAUGCCACUGUAUGUUCGCUGCCCUAUCUGCCAAAAGGAAUUCAAGCAGAAGUCAACGUUGUUGCAACACGGGUGCAUUCACAUAGAGUCGCGACCGUAUCCUUGCCCGGAAUGCGGCAAGCGCUUCCGGCAGCAAUCACAUCUAACGCAACAUCUGCGCAUCCACACCAACGAGAAACCGUACGGCUGCGUCUACUGCCCGCGCUUUUUCCGGCAACGGACGAUAUUGAACCAGCACUUACGUAUCCAUACGGGAGAGAAGCCGUACAAGUGUACCCAGUGCGGCAAAGACUUUAGGCAGAAAGCGAUCCUGGAUCAGCACACCCGCACGCACCAGGGAGACCGACCAUUCUGCUGCCCCAUGCCCAAUUGCCGGCGGCGUUUCGCAACAGAGCCGGAAGUUAAGAAGCACAUCGACAACCACAUGAACCCGCACGCCGCUAAGGCGAGGCGAGCGGACGCAAAGACCCCGCGGCCGCUGCCCCCCGCGGCGGCGGUGGUAAAGCCGGAGCUGUACUUCCCGCAGUGCUACGCGCCACCCUUCCAGCAGUUCCCGACGGGCGGGGAGUUCAAGCCGACGCUCGGGCCAGGCGCGCCGGGAGCCUGCCUGCCGGCACAGUGACCCGCGCCCCCGCCGCGCUGGCAUCCCGCGGCCCCGCACGCGCCCUCGCACGCGACCGCGCACCACGACCUCUACGUGGACCGCCUCUACAACUAGAAUGUAGGACCUUUUAGAGCCUCUAACGUCUCAAAAACGUCGAUUACGGCUUUACAAAAGUAUACGACUCGCCGACGCGAGCUUAUAGAUACUAUCGAGAUUUACUAAAAUUAAUAUCGGAUCGCUGUACAAUGCUUCGAUCUGUAAAUAAAUGAUUGUAACGAGUCUGUCGCGACUCGACUGUACAGUGAGUCAUGAAAUAGUGUUACCGUCGUCGCAGCGUGUACUGGCGACGACCACGUUACUGCGCCCCAUAAUGUUAAGUUACCAAGUAAGAAUUAGUUUCUGGGCGAGAAUCGCCGGCGGAUCCAGCGGCGGAUCGAACCAGAGAUUAGAAUUUAAAGCUCUUCGUUGAAAUCUAAAGACGUAAGAAUUGCUCUUUUACCACUUAACAGUAUUUCGCGAUGAAUGUUUCUGGUACAUCUUUGUGCCUAUUUGUAAUAAAUAUACAUACAUUUUGUAGACAUAUUAAGUUAAUUUUUAUUUACGUGUUUUAAGAGAUGUAAUCUGGCAAACAUGGGUUGCGAUGAAUGAAUUUAUUAUGCUCAAAAUAUCGUAAAAGUAAUGGUAAAAUAUAAAAUGAAUUUAUGCGUAAUUAGGUCGAAGAUUACAUCAUGAAAGUGAGUAAAGAUGAUAACAGUCGAAGGAUAAAGCAAACCAAAAACGUAGGUUACCUUCUGCCAUCAAGACAUUUUUGUUGUAGUACUUAUGAAAGGUUCUGUUACAUUUUAAUUACUCUUAAUGAAUUAUAUGAGAUUAUUUGAGAUAUAUUUGUAACAAUUUAGGUGCCAAAUAUUGUAGUAACUUUUCAUUUGUCUGUCUGCUCGUACCGAGUUUGCCUAGAUGUUGUUACCAUACUUCCGACGAUACGACAAUUUGGAAUGCAUUGACGUGGAAAGGGUCAGACUGAGAAAGGACUGUGAUAGCUAGAUAGGUUAGGCGUCGCUCAUUUAGCGUUAAAAUUCGUGUAUCGUGGCGAAAUGUGAUUGGGGCAUCCUUUUGGAGUCGUGUGAAUGUAUUGAAAUUGUUUCAUCGUAGUUUUAUAAAAUUUCUCUUUUAUGAUGAGGACAACUCGAAAUUGCCAAACAUAAUUUAAAAAUAAAAACGUUUUAUGUUCCUAAAUUAAUCGAAAUUUUGCAUUUAUUUGUAAGGCUGACUGAUUCCGUCGCCUUUGCUCUUUUGACUGAUUGGUAAAAUAAUUAUGAGGAGUGAGAUUAGUAAAUUCUAUAAGGAUACGCGUGUGAAACGAGCGGGGCUGGCAGCUGACCGCUCGUGCUUGUCAGAGGUGCGUCAGAAUAAUAAUUUUGCUUAAUUUUAGCUUAGACUAUCAAUUCUCGAAUUACCAAGCAAUUCGAUCAUUCAUCGCGAAAUAAAAUUAGCUUUAGGGAGAAUAAAAAUAUAUAUGAAUUUGUCGCAUUGUUGGAGUAUUCCGAUAUUGUACGAGGCGUCCUCGGUCCAUUCGCGUCCACAAUAGAUACAGGUAGAUUUAGAUCUCGGAUUAAUUUCUAUGUUUACAGAUAACAACACUGCGUACUAUUAUUAAAAAUGCAUACAAUAGUAGCCCUUACGUACCACGGUGUUAAGUCUACAACCGUAUGCAUUUUUUUUGAUAGAUAAGUGUUGCCAGCCUUACAAUAUAUCAGGUUUAAUUUUUACAGGGAGAUAUAUUAAAUAUAUCAGCUUUAUUUCGUAUGUUGAAUCAGUUACGGCGAGUCGCUCGGACUAUAAACUGCAAUAAACAAUAUCGGGAUGCUCCAGCUGACCUUUUUAACGUUUUAUCAUCUCUGUUUGUACGUAUAGACAACUUAUAUAGCUUAUUUAUGAUAUUAUUGUGAUGGUUUCGUUUUCCUACCGCAUAAGGACUGUUACGUAUUAACUAUUAGAGGUAAUAGUGCAAGUUGUGGGAGUACGCGGAGUCACAUCACAGUUGGAUACCAGUAUGUUUAUUAUUUAUCACUUUUUAAAGUGAAUAACGCAAUAUUAUGUUUAUUAAGUUCCAUUUGUUAUUUUUCAUGAAAAUUAUCACUCUUUGGACAGUUAUGAGAAAUUAUAGCGAAUCAGUUAUGAUUGACAAUGUAAUUUUUGGCGGGAAAAUGUGACAUCUAUGUUUGUAUUAGCGCCAUAGAGUACAUAUGUGCAGAAACAUCACGUUGGAAUCACAACUGACAAGCUCCGUAAAAAUGUUUAUUUUCCUAUUGAGUUUCCUAUCAAACUUUUGGAGGUUUACAAACAAAAAAAAACACCAUUAUCUAAGGAAAUUGAAUGUUAUCUUCCGUGAUUAGAAAUUCUCCAAAGCAUUUAUAUGUGAUCCUCCUGAGGGAGCGCGCGCUGCUACGGAACCACAGACAAUAGAAUAGAGUUCUGUUUCUAUCAGGGGCCAAGUUUAUUACUACUUACACACAGUCUUGUUUAAUCUAUGACAUAAAAUGCUUUAAAUGUAAACGAUGUUAGUGAAUGCGAGUAGUAAAUAAAAUUGUAUCCUGCGUAUUUAUAAGCCACAACACAGCAGCCUUAAACAAUAAUAGUUAUAAGUAUUUUUAUACAAUUUAUGAAAUAGUUUAACGAAAAAGUCCGCAGCGGCGCGCGCGUCCCCGGUAACAAAGUUUGAAUACAAUGCAGUGCCAUAGCCGUCGAAUAACCUCAGAUUUAUACUUACUAGAUUUUUAUACCAAUACAAAUGGAUUUAAUUUUUAAAUAUAAACAAAGGUGAUUAAGUAUACAGAGAUUACAGAUGAUAUUUUAUACAUUUAUUACAAACAAUAUUAUUAAAAGUAAAUGUGAAUUAGUCUUAAAUUUUAGUAUCGUACUACAAUGUACUAGGUACCUUAUCUUGAAUAUUAUAAAGCAGGUUUUCUUUUAUAAGUUAACAGCGUGUGUAAACUUGACAUGUUAGGAGAUAGGGUCAGUUUACACGGCCCGAGGCGUACGAAUUAUUCGAGCUGGAUUACAUGCGUCGAAGUAAUCGCCGCGAGUUAGUGCACAUAUCAGAUAUUUAAAAGGCAGUGUUGCAAUAAUAAAAUGCGCGUACUUAUUCUGCUUUCUUAUAAACGUAACACAUUGAUCAGAAUAAGUGUUUUAGGUUGAUAAAAAAAAA